CCCAGCUCCACUCCUUCGACCUCUGCCGCCGCAGCUGCCGCCGUCACCUCGUGGAAAGAGAGGAAGCGGGAGAGGAGCCCACGUCGCCUGUUACCCACAUCCUCCAGCCGCGCCCCUCCGAAGACUAAAAUGUUCGCCUGCGCCAAGCUCGCCUGCACCCCAGCUCUGAUCCGAGCUGGAUCCAGAGUUGCAUACAGACCAAUUUCUGCAUCAGUGUUAUCUCGGCCAGAGACUAGGACUGGAGAGGGCUCUACAGUAUUUAAUGGGGCCCAGAAUGGUGUAUGUCAGCUAAUCCGAAGGGAGUUUCAGACCAGUGCAAUCAGCAGAGACAUUGAUACUGCUGCCAAAUUUAUUGGUGCCGGUGCUGCAACAGUAGGAGUGGCUGGUUCUGGUGCUGGAAUUGGAACAGUCUUUGGCAGCCUUAUCAUUGGUUAUGCCAGAAACCCUUCGCUGAAGCAGCAGCUGUUCUCAUAUGCUAUCCUGGGAUUUGCUUUAUCUGAAGCUAUGGGUCUCUUUUGUUUGAUGGUUGCUUUCUUGAUCUUGUUUGCCAUGUAACAGAAAUUACUGCGUGAAAUGUUGGUAUUCAUAGUAAUUACGGAUAUAAUUCUGUGUAUCUUACUGUGACUCCGAAAACUGUAGUGUUGGUGUCAUGGAAAUGUACAUUAUUUCCAAAGUGGUUUCAUUAAAGAUGAAAACUUUAA